CGCGCGCUCAUUUAAUUAGGCCGAAGAGAAACCUCUCCACAGCCCUUGGUUUUUCCAUUCGAUGGUCGAAGCUGAAUAAUCGAAGGCGUAGCCAGCUUCACCUGCCGGCGGGAAAGAUCGGGCGAUGUCGAAGAGGCAUUUCAUCAAACACCUGUCCCGCACCAUCUCUCCCGCCGUCCCUCGGCCGCCGCCGCCGCCGCCGCCGUCCCGGUCCCUCGCCUCGCUCCCGACGCUUUCCCGCCGGAGCGGCGAGGGGCCUCCCCAGAGCAACCCGGUCGUCCAAGAUCCGUACUCCCUCCUCAAGGAGGACCCCGUCGACCUGGUCUCCUCGUUGUGGGUGAAGUCCUUCUCCUCGCCGGCCGCCGCCGUGUUCCCGAACCUCACGGGCUUCCUGGCGAAGUUCGACCUCUGGGUCCUCGCCUACCAGCGCACCUGCGCCCACGUGACCGGCACGUUCCCGCCCCGCAACGCCAUUCAUCUCGGCACGCUCCAUUCCCUCCUGUCCCUCAGGAGCGCCGUCGCUCGCGGCCAAUUCAAGUGGAACGACAGGACCCAUCAGCUGGUUCGCAGCCCUUACGAUAGAACAGGCACCAGGUUCCUCUCAAGAACCAAGCUGAAGGCCAUCUUGGAGUCGAGCGAGCCCUGUUUCCAGGAUAGGGUGGUCCAGGAGGUUCUGCUGAUGAUUCUCGAGCCGGUUUUCGAGGCUCGGUUUUCGGUGAAGUCGCAUGCUUUUCGGCCGGGAAGAAAUGCCCAUACUGUUAUUAGGACGAUUCGGAGUAAUUUUGCCGGGUAUCUGUGGUUCUUGAAGGGUGAUGCGUCUGAAAUCUUUGAUAGAUUGGAUGUAAAUGUGGUGAUGGGUCUUUUGGAGAAGGCUGUCAAAGAUAGAAGAGUGUUGGGACUGAUCAAGUCGGCAUUCAGAACCAUGGUCAGAAAUCCAAGGGAUGACAAUGAGAAGUUGAGAACAAAGAAAAAAAAGGGGACCAAGAAGAAGAUUCUGCAUGAGAACGAGCCAAAACCGGAUCCUUUCUGGUUGAGGACCUUUUAUGACUUUGCACCUGAGGAGGCAGCCAAGGUACCCAAUUAUGGUUGUUGUGGCAUUAUAAGUCCUUUACUUGCUAAUGUUUGUCUAAAUGAACUGGAUCAUUUCAUGGAACAGAAGAUUGUUGAGUUCUUCAAACCAUCUCAGUUCGAUUCCAUAUGGAAAAGUUCAAUUGAUGAUGGAUGUCAUAACCCUUCUUGGCCUGAGUUUGUUCCUUCUAGUGGGAAAGAGAAGACGAAAAAAAUGGAUUAUAUUAGGUAUGGGGGUCAUUUCUUGAUAGGAAUUCGAGGGCCUAGAGAUGAUGCGGUGCAAAUUCGGAAGGAAAUUAUUGAAUUUUGCGAUGCGCAAUUUGGUUUGAGGAUGGAUAAUUCGAAGUUGGAGAUAGAGCAUAUCAGUAGAGGUAUCCAGUUCUUGGACCAUAUCAUCUGUCGUCGAGUGAUACACCCGACACUCAGGUACACCAGUACUGGAGGCAAAAUCAUUAGUGAAAAAGGCGUGGGCACUCUGCUUUCCGUUACUGCUAGCUUACAGCAAUGUAUACGCCAAUUUAGGCGUCUUAAGUUUGUUAAGGGUGAUAAGGAUCCUGAGCCAUUACCUUGCACUCCAAUGCUCUACUCCAGUCAAGCUCAUUCAAAUGCUCAAAUGAAUAAGUUUCUGGAGACCAUGGCAGAUUGGUACAGAUAUGCUGAUAAUCGCAAGAAGGUUGUGGGAUUUUGUGCUUAUGUGAUUCGAAGCUCUCUAGCUAAACUCUAUGCCGCAAGGUACAGACUAAAAUCUCGUGCAAAGGUAUACAAAAUAGCUUCUCGUAACCUUAGCCGUCCAUUAAGAGAGAGUACAAACAAUUCUGCGCCUGAAUAUUCUGAUCUUUUGAGGAUGGGGCUUGUUGAUGCAAUUGAAGGUGUUCAGUUCUCACACAUGUCCUCAAUUCCCUCAUGUGAUUACACUCCCUUUCCUAGGAACUGGGUUCCUCUUCAUGAAAGGGUACUGCAUGAGUAUAUCAAAUUGGAAAACCCCAAAUUUUUCUGUGAGUUACAUAGAUUGAUAAAGAGGCAGGGUUUAAGUUUGCCUCAAGAUGAGGUAUCUGAUAUAGUUUGGGACUGCAAAGUUUUUGGCUUAAGGCGUCAUCGAAUUGAUGUGUGAAGAUAAAAGGAUCAAACUCUUUUUAGUCUUAGCGAAAGGUUAUGUAGCAUACUACUCGACCUAUUGAAAUUACCAAAUUUCACCUUUCUAUAUUUAAUGCCUAGGAGGACCUCUCUUUAAAGGAAUGAGUUAAAAUCCUGGGGUGCCAAAGGGAGGACUCCUAGAAAUGAGGUGUUGGAAUUUUUCACCUUUUUAAUCUUAGAGGCAGUGGUGAAAAUGUGAGCAGUGCAUCAAAUUGGUGAUGCUAGUGAAUCGACUCAACACUGUGACAUAUAAUUUAGAUGCUUUUGGGGACAGAUGCUUGAAACAAGCCUGACGAUAUACAUCCUGACACACAGUGAAGGAUCCACAUUGUGAGGCGUCCAAAAAGUGCAAGAUAUCUAGCUAUCGGAGAAUGUGAAAGGUGUACAAGCAGAUUUCACUCUACCUAAGUUGCCCCAUGCAAGGAGUGAUGAUCUUAUGAGGUAUUUCUUUUGAUGCAGUGCUAUCGAAUGGAGGAAGUCUGCAGUUUGGCAUUCAGGUGGAAGCCAGUGUUGCCCUCUGCAUUUCCUUAUGAAAGGAUGUGGGUGGAUCAAAGUCUUGAAGGCUACUGUGGCGUGAGAUUUUGAGCUCCUCUACUGUAUGGUCCACUUAUGUCUUCCUCACUCCACAGAUAUAUGGUUCAUAUUUAUCCUUUUUGAUCAAGCUUAGAGAACAUAUAGUAAGAUUCAUGGCGGGUCUUAUCUCUUUUGGAUAAGGAUUGAUUUAGUGUAUGGGGUUGCGCACACACAUCCCUACAGUUUGCAACUUGAAAUUAGGCUGUCAGGAUCACAUGUCAAAUCUCCGAUCAGAAUGCAUUUAAAAAUCCCGUCAUUGCAUAUACCAUUGUAACAUAUGCAAAGUGUGCUAAGAAUUUCAUUUGUUUGAUCUGUGUAACUUUCAAGUUUAUCUAUGUUAUUUUCAUAAAUGUUUGGAGUU